CAAUAUGGGAACUUGUUAAAUUCAAGCUCAGAAUCAAGACAAAUAAAAAGACCAGAGCGAUGUCGCACCAUCCUCGAAUAAUUACGUCGUGUAAUUGAAACUUACUCCUCUGGUUUGUAAUAUUAUGGGAGACGAUGAUAAAAUGGAUGAUUUAUACUUUGAUAUUGAAAAAUAAAUCUCUAUUAACUAAGUAUAAAUAAAUCAAUAUAAGAGGAGAAAGUUUAACCUGAUAAUCAGUGCAGCUAAUUGCAAUUGUCUUCGAAAAUACAAAUAACUCAUGAUCCUUCUUCUCAAUCAUUAGAUCAGUCUUAAUAAUUUCCGAAGUCCCCAAGGAAAAAUAAAAAUCUGAAUGCAAAAUUUAAAGAGAUGAUUUUUUGAAUCCAGG